CUCGGCUGCCCGCCCCGGCUCGGUGCCUGCCGGAUGCUUUGGGGCGGCUGCGGUUCCCAGGCUGAGCACCGAGUUUGUCCCCCGGCAGAGCAAACGAGGUACCUGCACAAAUGGGGAAACGGAGGCACUCUUUGCGGGGAACAGCAGUGACAGCAGCAGAAUGAGCAGCCCAUUGAAAAAAGAGAGCUCGAACCGCCUGCUCCUCCUCUCCUCCGUUUGUUCCCGUCUGUCCAGAACACGAAGGUUCCGCACCCCCACCCCAUCACUGCUGCCAUUCCUCCCCCGUCUCCUCCCGCCCUCCUUGCCGUUCCCUGGCUGCAGGAUCUGGCCGUGCCGUCCCCACAGUCCCCGCCGGAACGCGCUGCCGCCCCUCCGAAGGUCAGUGCCGGUUCUGUUGCUGCCCGCAGCUCUGAGCCCUGCCCGUCCUGUGUCUCCUGGUUUGCCGUUCCAGCUUUGCCACCGAUUCAGGUCUCAUCCAUCCCUGGCAACUUUACCUCCCCCUAUCACAGCAGCUUGCCCCUGCCAGCCCUGAGCUGCAGGUGUGGAAGAGGAGCCCCAUUGCCCAUAGUCUUCUUAUUCUUUCUGUUCACGGUGUCUUGUCCCUCUCUCAUUCUCUGAUAGUGAAGACUGUUCGGAACCAAAUGAAACUCAAGAGCAUUGCCAUAAACCCGUUCACAAAAUGGUAGGGUGUCAAACGGUUGCAAAAUGCUUCCAAGGGACAUCAGAGCAGCGGGGUUCCUGGCGGCUGCCUGGGAAGAUGCUGAACUGGGACCGGGAGUAUCCCACUGCGCCAGAUGUGCUCUGAGUCACUCCUUGAGACUUACUUACAUACACAUACCUCGGUAGGGGUAGUGCUGCUGUCACUCUGUGCUGUUGCUAUCAUUGUCCUGCCUCUGCAGGCAGGGCUGCACACAGAGGGGGGCUUCAGAACUAGCAGAGUAGACAUAUAUAUUCAUUUCUCUGCUCCAUCAAUGAGUGCUCUGAUAGCUACUAAGCCACCACUUUACGUUCCCAGCUCCCCUAUGAAAAGGGAAACAAAACACUGCUGGGCUUUGUACAGACAGGUCAUGAGCUGUGGGCAACCGGGUAGAGCUCUGAAGCUGUGGGAAAGACAUACAGCCAGGCACUUAGCAGCCUGCCACCACCUCCUGCUAGCCACCAUGCUCUUGGUCACCCACUGUCCCUGAUAAGAGCAUUCCAAGCUCCCUGAAUUCCUUUUCCAACAGGAUCAAGAAUUAUGCUUGUAGCUGAGUGAUAAUUUGUAACAGAAGUAGCUCCCUGACUGUCAGAACCAAUUUUUGCCAAGUGAAGCAUGAACUGCUCGCAUGCACAUAAGGGAAGUCAGAUGCAGACUGUAACUAGGCUCUGUGAUGUGCCGGCACUCUGAAGUGAUCCCACAGCAGAUCACACCAGUGAGAGGAUGUUUGCAAGGUUCUUUGAUUUGCAUGGAGGUAUUCCCUGUCUUCUUGUUCUCUUUAGAUCAGCCUUUGAAGAGGGCUGACUGACUUAUCUGCCUUGCAAGAGAGAGCAAAGGAAGAGCAUCCGGUGAUGAGCAGGAUGGUGGGGAGGGGACAGCAGUCACUACCAGGCAGCACAGACAGUCUGUGUGGAUGUUAAUAGGAAGCUGGUUUCUGGCUGAGCUGUCAGAUGUUAGAAGGGCUUUGCUGACGACUUUCUCAGACCUACAGAAGGACCUCAGGGUAUGCAAGUGCAUAGCGCUGAGCCUAAGCCAGUGCAGUCAAGUAGCAGUAGGAAUACAACAGCCAUAACAGCCUGAGCACACCCUGCUGCACACAGGGAAGCUCUCUUGUCCCAAGGGUAUUAGGUAACAACAGCCCUGGUCCCUCAGCCAGAUACUGGGCCAGACUCCCUGGAGGGUCUGGGUGAGCUCCCCUGCUUCCUAUACAUUCAUACAGUGUGGGGUGUUCAGUUCCAGUGUGGCUGUAGGGUGAACUUUUGGCUGUACUGAGAACUGACACUGCUAUUUUCACUGGUGGUGUUCACACACCAAUGCAGAGCUGAGAUCACAUCUACGUCUACCAAAGAUAAAUAGAUUGCACCUCAGAGCUGGUCAGCCCACUUUUCCAGAGAAGUCAGUUCAUCCCUCUGCCAUACAGGCAGAAUAAAUAGGCCAUUCCACAUCUAUGAACCUCAAGGUUUCUAUGAAGGAGAAGAGGCUUAGCCAGAGAUCAAGUUUCUGUGCUGCACCCACCACAAGGCAAAUUCACAUUCAGACAGCCUUGAGGACUCCUCCGCUUCAGGACUGGUAAGUGUCCAAGGGAGAAAUCUGCAUGUCUACAAAUGAAGGGCAGUGACCUGGGUUCCAGAGAGUAGGGGUAGCAUGUGCUUCCUUCCCUGAUGAAGGAGAGGCUGCCACUCCAUGAGGAGCAUUUGACUCCUGGCAGCUGCUGCGAAGUGCAUGGGAGGCUGAGGACUGCAUCCUGCUUUGUAGCCUUUACGUGCCUUUAACACUUCCUUCAUUGCAGCAGUGGUUAUGUUGAACAGGGCUUGCAGUGAUUCCAAGCAGCUGACAUCCCCAAAUCUGCACCAAUACUUGGAGCACCUGCAGACCCACAGUCACAUGCCUCUUGCAGUGCUUCUGCUUCAGGCACUCGCACUGCCUGUGCUCCCAGUCCCAAACCUGAAUCAGAAUGCACAAGCUAGAGCUUGAUUAAUUGCAGAGAUUCCAUGAUCUCCAUACUUGUGGUAAGCCAGCCUUGGACCACACAGUAGUAACCACGGCACACCCAUACAAACACUGCAGAGGGAAAAGGACUCCAGUCAUGUUUAUUCAAGAGAAAUUAUGCCUGUGAACAUAGACAGAUUGAUAUAAAAUAUAUUAUUUCAGCUCCAGAACUAAAAAAACAUGCUGUGCCUGUGAUGGAGAACUAGAGUUUCUCCACGCAACCUCACCUUCAGCCUGCAAUCCAAAUGCCUGUUUUGAUGGCAGGGGACUGAUGCAGAAAGCCCAGUUCUAGGGGAGAGCUGCCCUGUGGGGCAGAGAGAAGGAAUAUGUUUCUUGAUCACUGAAAGCAAAGCAUAGGGUGUCCCAUCAGAGUUGCCCUCCCCAAAAACUCAUCACUUGGGCACAAUAUGAAACUGGGUAGUAGCUGCUACUGCCAAAAACGUUUCCAGCCUGUAUCUAGUGUGUGAUGCUUGUUCUAGGAGCAGGUACUGAAAGGACUGAAAACAGAAGCUAUCAAACUGUAUUUCGGUAUUGGCGGAGCAAACACCUCAGGUCGUCCAGCUGGUCGAGGUUGGAGCUCCACUGCUGGGAACAAACUUCACACCCCUCCUUUUAUCAGCUGGACCAGCUGGGAGGUGAAAAUUCUGGCUCCCUUCUCCCACACAGGUGGAGGCUGUGCCACUCCCCCAGGUCUCACUUCCAGCAUCAUUGGUCCAAGGUGACAUCUGAGCCUGGGGUAUGGAUUCCUUCCAGGGCCAGAAUGGGGGAGCACGGAACCCUUUACUCCCACCUUACCCUCACCUAUCCUGCAGGCCAGCAGUGACCAGAAGAACCUGCUGAAAUGCAUGUGUGUCACAGAGCUGAGAGUGGAGCUGUCUGUGUCCUGCCAGCCAACAGAUCCAUCAGCCAAUCCAACAGGCCAAGCAGCACUUCUCCAGUCUCUCUCCUCUCUCCCUGUGUUGCCACAGGCUCCAGCACCACACCACGGCACAGAACGAUGGAGCAUGAGGACUUCACCAGCUUGGCUGGGUACUGGAAUUCCUCUGACAGUUACCAGUUCAGCCCUGCUAGUGUCAUUGUCCCUGUGGUCUUCUCCCUCAUCUUCCUCCUGGGGACAGUUGGCAACAGCCUGGUGCUGGCAGUGCUGCUGCGCAAUAGGCAAAUGGGCCACAACACUACCAACCUCUUCAUCCUCAACCUCAGCCUGGCUGACUUCUUCUUCAUUGUCUUCUGCGUGCCUUUCCAGGCCACCAUCUACUCCCUGGAGGGCUGGGUCUUCGGCUCCUUCAUCUGCAAGGCUGUCCACUUUUUCAUCUACCUCACUAUGUACGCCAGCAGCUUCACAUUGGCUGCCGUCUCUGUGGACAGGUACCUGGCCAUCCGUUAUCCGCUGCGCUCCCGGGAGCUGCGAACCCCGUACAACGCGGUGGCUGCCAUGGCUGUGAUCUGGGGUCUCUCUGUGGUCUUUGCUGGGCCCUACCUGAGCUACUAUGACCUGAUUGAGUGGGAGUCCAGCUAUAUCUGCAUGCCUGGCUGGGAGGAGUGGAGACGCAAGGUCAUGGACACCAGCACGUUUGCCUUUGGCUAUGUCAUCCCAGUUCUGGUCAUCAGCCUCUCCUACACCAGGACCAUCAAGUACCUGUGGACAGCAGUGGAACCCUUGGAGGACAUGUCAGAGUCCAAGAAGGCCAAGCGGAAGGUAACUAAAAUGAUCAUCAUCGUAACCAUCCUUUUUUGCCUGUGCUGGCUACCCUACCACGUAGUCAUCCUCCGAUACCUCUAUGGAGAUUUCCCUUUCAACCAGGCCACCUACGCCUUCCGUCUGCUUUCCCACUGCAUGGCCUAUGCCAACUCCUGCCUCAACCCCAUCGUCUAUGCACUGGUAUCCAAGCAUUUCCGUAAGGGCUUCAAAAAAGUCUUCAGCUGUCUCCUGAGGAAAAAGCACCGCAACAAGGUGCAUGUGUUACACGCUGCUCACAUUGUGCCUGGCUUCGGGGCAGGCUCCACUGAAGUGUCCCAGGUGCAUGAGGAAAAUAACAGGUGUGAGCCGAACCCAGAUUCCCUGGCAGUCCCCUCUGGUUCUUCCAAGCACCUUCACCUUUCUUAGUAUCUCCACACCAUCUACCAACCCAGCUGUGCCAUCUGCCUCAGGCCACUCUCUCUCAUUGAAUGAGACAGGAUGCUAGGAAAGGCGAGACAGAAAUCUUGCUUAUCCUGCUUCUGGCCUUGCUGUUCCUCUUCUUUCUGGGUACCAAUUGUCCUCCUAAGCCAUCUCCCCACAUCUUGUGUGCAAGGGAAGGAAUGGACCCACACUUGCUCUUGAUCCACAGUCCACCUGGAGUUCAAGGACUAAUGCUCCAGCUCUUCUGUUGACUCUCAUCCUUCUAAGUCCUCUACUUAGCAGCCCCACUACACUGGACACAUUUGUUUGCUGUCAGAUGGUCCCGUCUUGCCUCCUGUUGUCUGAUCUGGACAAAGUGUUUCUUAUGGAGUGGCAAGGAGACAGGCAGCGUGAGCAGGGCCAGGUGAACAAAGGAGGGACAGAGAGCAACCACCAUUGCCCAUGGAUUUUUACAGUGGUGGCUUCUGUACUGGCUGUGCUGCCCUCCUGGUGGACAAGUCCUUCCCUGGGGUGUGGGGCUGUGGGUUGUCUGUAUGUCUGUAUGUGUGCGAUAUUGCUGCUGUAAAUACUAGGGAGAUGUUUUUCUGACCCAAGGUAAAUAAAUGUAUUUCCCUAAUCGAGGCAAUAGAGGGGCCUCUGAUGGUGAUCUGGGAUUGGAAUGGACUACCCACACCUCAGUGUGGCCUUUUUCUUAUCUGGUAUAAAUAAACAUACUACAGAAAUUACUAUCAAGCAAUUUCUACUGAGCCAAACCCUGCCUCACAUCCCCACUACCACACCACAGCCAUGCUUACUGACAUAAUCACUGGGCCUCUCUGCUCAUCCUCAGACCAGGCCCAGGCAGGAGGAGGUUCAGAGGAAGAGUUUCUGGAUGGGGUUGGUCCAGGGUUUGCCGAGAGGUUACCAUCAUCAUCUUGCUGCAUCAACACUCUCUCACACCUCAAGCCAUCAAACUCCAAGCCUGGGAAACCACACAUGCAAAGAGUCACUGCCCAGAGAUGUACAGGCAUUCCCUUACUCUGCCUGCACAUCUCUUCAUGUCAGAUUAAUCACUCUGCAACACAGAUGAUAUUUUUCUCAGAAGAUAACUGAACUCCACCAGCCACAGCUUAGAAUCUACCAUCAACAUAUAAAAGCAGCUUUGCCCAUCCAUCGCUCUUUGGCUGCAUCAUCCAUUGUCCUGCCUGCAUAGCUGAGUCUUUGCAAAAGGGAUGCGGGAAGUUCUCUGUCCACAGUGCAGCAGAUGGUUGUCUUCAGGGCAUGCUGAAUGCCAAACAUGCAAUCCUGUAGCUUCAGGGAGGAAAACUCUCAUCUCCUUUUCUGAGGCUGAUUAGAUGUUAGUAGAUGCCUUCCUGCUGUUACUAAAUUACUAGAGAUGGAGAAAGCCUUUCCAGCUGAGUUUGAUCUGAAAAACAGAUCUGAGAAAACAUGCAAACACAACAGACUCCCACACCAGAGACUUGCACCCAAGACUGGGAAUAAUUUACCAUUACCUCCUUGCUGUGCUCAGUGCAGUCCAGCCAACUCUCCC